AUGGGGAAGAAGUCAGGCAGAUCAAUGCGCGAUGAGGGCCUUCAGCGGACGGAUAAUAGCAUGGACCUAACGAGCUGGCCGCAAAUAGUUGCUAUCAACCAGAAAAAUUAUUACACUGACUAUUUGAAACGAGACGACCAAUUCCUCGCAUACCGGUUACAAAAUGAAGAAAACCGAAAUCGGAUGGCAAAAGCGGCAAAGGAACGAGAUAGAGCUCUUGCGAUGUCAAAAUCCAAUGAACUACCGCUACCGGAAGAAGAAGACGCAGACGCGACCAUGGCAGAGGCGGAUGACGAGCAGGAAAAAGCGGUGGUUGGAUCAAAGACAGUUGUGGUCCAUGUUGGAAGUCAGAAUCUUCGCAUAGGCCUUGCUAGUGACGCUCUGCCAAAGACAAUCCCCAUGGUUAUAGCCCACAAGUCUAAUAUGAACGAGUCCGAAGAAAACGGUGGAGAGCCGAAACCAAAACGCUUGAAAAUGGAUGAUGGGGAACUUAUGGAGCCGGAAAAGAUGUUUGGGCCUGACUUUGGUAACCUUUAUACAAAUAUGUGCGCUGAGCUGAAAGCCCACAUGCGCCUGAACAAACGCAGGACCCUGCCCAACUCCAAGGAGAUGGUGGUAAACUACAAUCGAAGAACACCGCCAGAAACUAUUUCCGAGCAUAAUGAUGCAAUGAGGGUUGAAUGGACUGAAAUAUCUAACAACCCUAAACUUGCUCCUCCAUACGUGGUUGGUGAAGCUGCCUUGAGGAUUCCGGAUCUCUCUAAACCCCGAUAUAAGCUCUACUGGCCGCUGAGAAACGGCUGGUGCAAUGAAAAAGAUUACAGCAGCAUAAACAUGCUGUUCUUGGACAUUGCUCGUAUUCUGGAAGAUGCGAUGAAAACCCAGCUGAAUUUGACACAGGAUAAGGACUGGGGACAAUAUUCCUGCAUCUUUGUUAUACCCGACCUUUACGAAAAGGUCUACGUCACUCAUAUCCUAGACACUCUCAUGCGCGAACUCGGAUUUGGCCGUGUAUGUUUCGUUCAGGAGAGCGUGGCUGGCACAUUUGGUGCUGGGUACACUGCCGCCUGUGUUGUUGAUGUUGGUGCUCAAAAGACAUCAAUUUGCUGUGUAGAGGAAGGGAUGUGUAUUGAAAACUCGCGCAUCAACCUGAAGUACGGCGGCUCGGAUGUCACUGAGACGUUUAUCAAGAUGAUGCUCUAUGACCACUUCCCAUAUGAGGAGAUCAAUCUAAACCGGCGGUAUGACUUUUUACUGGCAGAGGAGCUCAAGAAGAAUGUGGCAACUCUCAAUGAAACAAAUGUUUCCGUGCAGGUGUUCGACUUUCAUCUUCGUGUGUCAGGUCAAGACACGAGGAAGUACACAUUCAAGGCAUACGAUGAAAUUAUACUAGCUCCCAUGGGCAUGGUUCAACCGGAGAUAUUCGACAACUCCCAGAAGCUGGUUGGACGGAGAAAACUUAUUAACCGUUCGUAUGACCUUUACGACAGACAGCCGAAUGACCCAAGUUCUACUGCUCAAGCUGAAAUUCUGGCGGCUAUUUCUCCUCCGCCUGCCGUGAAUAAUGGCAUAACAAAUGGAGCGUCGCAUACUAACGGGACAGACCCUCAAGCUACGCCCAGUCGAUCACAGGCCCAUAACGUCUUAGGGCGUGUACAUGACCUUGAAGCAACCCCACGAUCCUCUGCGGCCGGAUCACCCACGCCUGACACAGCACCGAAUCCCCAAGGAGGUACUUCAACACCCCUGAAGACUCCGGGGGUUGCCCCGAACGUUGGGCCCACCUCACAAAGCCAGCCUGUGGUGGAGAUGCGGGAUGAUGUUCUCCCAGUAUGGCCUCUUGAAGAUGCUAUAUUUACCUCUAUUACCCAUGCAGCUCGAGGCGAGGCUCGCAAAUUCAAUGACUUUGUUGGCGGGGUCCUUGUAAUCGGGGGCGGUAGUCUUGUUUCUGGUUUCCAUGCCUUCCUCGAGGAGAGAAUGCAACUCAAGCGCCCUGACAUUGCAAACCAUAUCAUGGUUGGCACACCACCUCGAGAGCUUGACCCGCAAGUGGUUGUAUGGAAAGGGGCUAGUGUGUUUGGCAAGCUAGAUGCAUCGAAUGAUAGCUUUAUAGGGAGGCUAGAAUAUGACCGGCUCGGGAGCAGAGUAAUGACUUAUAAAUGCAUGUGGCAGUGGUGA